CUUUUCACUUUCCCACCACGCGACUUGGUGAUGUGGUUUCACGUCAGGUUGAAAUUAUAGAUCAACAUCUCGAUUUCUCCUUCAAAAGGGAGACAGAAACAACACCAAAAUGCCUCAGAACGAACAUAUAGAGCUUCACCGUAAGCGACAUGGCUACCGCCUUGACUACCAUGAGAGAAAGAGGAAAAAGGAGGGCCGAAUGCCCCAUCUCAUGGCAGAAAAGGCAAAGAAACUACGUGGUUUGAGAGCAAAAUUACACAACAAGAAACGUCAUGCAGAGAAGGUCCAGAUGAAGAAAACGCUGAAGAUGCACGAGGAGAAGAAGACACGUCAGAAGAAUGACGAGGCUGUGCCGGAGGGGGCAGUGCCGGCCUACCUGCUGGACAGGGAGGGACAGUCCAGAGCUAAAGUACUGUCAAAUAUGAUCAAACAGAAGAGGAAAGAAAAGGCUGGUAAAUGGGAAGUUCCCCUCCCUAAGGUGAGAGGUGUCAGUGAAGCAGAAGUGUUCAGAGUAGUCCGCACAGGAAAGACGAAAAGAAAAGCUUGGAAGAGGAUGGUAACAAAAGCCUGCUAUGUCGGGGAAGGCUUUACGAGAAAACCUCCCAAAUUUGAAAGAUUCAUUCGACCAAUGGCAUUGCGUUUUAAGAAAGCUCACGUCACUCACCCAGAACUGAAAGCCACGUUCUGUCUGCCUAUCAUCGGGGUGAAGAAAAACCCCAGCUCUCCCAUGUAUACAUCAUUAGGGGUCAUCACCAAGGGAACUGUCAUAGAGGUGAACAUCAGUGAAUUAGGUCUGGUAACGCAAGGAGGAAAAGUUAUAUGGGGAAAGUAUGCCCAAGUGACUAAUAACCCAGAAAAUGAUGGAUGUAUAAAUGCGGUGUUGCUGGUGUGAUCAGAUCUCCCACUUGUAAGAACGAACUAUUCUUCAGAGGUUGAAAGAAUUCUUAAAUACCUCAUCAAAACGAGUCCAUUCAAUUUGUGGUCUUAAAUGAUCUUGGAUCUAACAGGACAAGGAGCAGAGAAAAAGAACCAAUUCCCAUGGAUGAAGUUACCAAACUUCUAUAUUUCUUCAUUGAUUGUGUUUUGCCAGAAAUUACAGUACAGUGACAACUUCUGUCAUGUAUGCUCGCCACAUCUGAGAAGUAAAAUUUUUGAAA